UCAAGAAAACGAUAAAAUGGUUGAGAAUAAAUUAAUUCCUAACAAUGAAAACGAUAGAAUUAAACCAAAAAAAAAUAAAAUAUUGAAUACAUUUAAUUCUAUCGAUGAAUUACCAAAUGACCAAUUGCCGUAUAUUAAGGACUUUAUAAAGGACAAGACUAAGUAUGAUAAAUCUAAUGAAAUAUCCAUUCCUACGAUGCCGGCGUUGGAUACAAUUCCUAACACCACAGACCGAGUAUCGAAUGGUUCACCUUUCGAUAUGAAAAAAGUUCAGGAUAGUAUUGUUCAUAAUAUACCUCUAACAAAUCAUUUUAAGUCAAAGAUGGAAAAACUUUAUUUCAAUGAUGAUGGUGAUAAUGCUAAGAUUUCUGAUUCACAAAYAACAACUAAUAUUGAACACUCCAAGAACGAAAACCUUAAGAAUUUUGAGAAAAAUAUUAUGGAUAAAGAUGAAUUUUUGGUAUCUCACGAUUAUCCAAAAAUUAAUACACAUGAUGGUUUUGAUGGUAGUUAUUAUGAUUUAAAUCACACUGAUAAACCAAUAAAAUUAAUUAAUGAUAAWAAUAAUGUUAAUCAUUACACAUCAUCAACUAUUGUUUCUUCCAAGCAUAAUUUACCGUUAAUAUCUGACCAUAGUUUAAUAAACGAARAUUAUAACCCUUAUGGUUACAUGUUACCAAAGUUUAGCACAAAAUAUAUUGAGGCUGGUGAUUCGAAUAAUAAUUUAUGGGAAACAAUACCACCCAAAAAAAGUGACGAUUUUAUUGUAAAUACUGGUAGUACUAUGUAUAAUAAAGUUUCUAGCAAUGUAAAUAGUGAUAGAAAUAUUGAAACAGAAACUGAUGUCAUCAAAAACAUAUAUGAUGAUAAAGUAAGAUUUAAUAUUCAUAAUAAAGUUUUCGAUGAUUCCAUAAAAAAAUUGUCAGAGCAAUUGCUUAAAAAAAUCGAUAAUAUUGAAGAUCAGAUUUCUAAAUUUGGUAAAUUAUCUAACAAUAGACCUUACAUUGAUCCUAAUACCAAUCAAAUUAUACCAAUUAAUAAUUUACUUAAUGGUAAAUCAAAAAAUGAAAAUAUUAUA